AUGGACAAACCCGUGGUGCUGGUCGUGUCGGUGGACGCGUCCGUCAAGCCGGAAGAUGUGAUUGGCCGCGUGCGGAAGGCUCCGGCGACGGAGGGCACGGUUGUGCUUGCGGACGGACUCGCCGGCCACUGCUAUCACAUCCGGACCAAGUACUACGAAACCGAUGUGGUGUUUUGUGGCUGGCCGGGCGGGAAAGAGCUCGGUGAAGUGCCGGAGGCCAUUCUGAAACAGCUGGAAGGAAUUUUGAUCUACUUUGAUGCUCGCGAUCGGGACUUUUUGAAGCGACUGCCGGAGUACGCGGCUUUUGUUACGGAGGCGGAUAUUGAGUUUGGGAUUUUGCUGUGCGCGGAGUUGCAGGAGGAGGUGGACCAGGGAAUUACGUACCGGGAGGCGAAGAAGUUCUGCAACGUGCUGGACGUGAUCGAGCUGGAUCCGCGGGCGGGGGGAGCUGGUGGUGGGGGUGGCGCUGAAGCAGGGAAGGAGGACGAAACGACGGAAGGGGCGGGCGAGGAAGAUCCGGAAGAUGAACGGCGGAUUGAGGAAGAGCUGAUGGGAUUCGAGAAGUUGCUAACCCAGGUCAUGCAGUUCCGGCCGAAUACGAGCUCGUGGACGAGGAACGAGCGGUUGGCGUACGCGCAGGAGUUUGCAGAGUUCUUUGACGAGCUGAUAGGGGAAGAGGAUUAA